AUGCUGGCGCAGAGGAUGGCGAAGGCCAAGACCUCGACGGGUGACGAGCCCCCGGCAAGCACCUCAGGAGAAGAAUGGCAACAGGAGGAGCCGCUGAGGGCCACCCCCGACAUGCCUCCUCUGUCAACUACACCGCCCAGGGAGGGAUCCCCGGCAAGGGUUUCCACCGACGAGCCCACGCGCGUGGAGGAGGAGCUGCUUUUAGAUCUCCCCUUGGCGGAUCAGAUGGAUGUUGACGCCACCAUCGAGGAGACUGCCAAGGAUGCUGCCGCCAAAGUCGCUGCCGACGAGGCCGCCAAGGACGUGCAUGAAGAGGCCGCCAAGGGGUCCGCCGGGGAGGUCGGCAAGGAGACCGGUUGCCGUACUGGCGGCAUUCCUGCCGUGGGCCAUGAUCUGUUUGUCAGCAUCCCAAGGACGGCAAGCACUGGAGCGCCAACCGAGGGGGAGGUUUUUGACGAAGAAGUCAUCGCCGCCGCCGGGCUCAAGGUUGUCGACGAGCUGAGUGCCAGCAGCAGCGGUUCCAUGGAAGACCAGCUCCUCCAAGCCAUGAGCAGCAACUUUCAGAAGCUCCAGGCGCUUCAUCGUGCCCACAAGGAGAAACUGGACUCCAGGGCAGCGGUUGUCGACGUGGCAGAGGCAGACUUCCAAAAGCGCAUCAAGCAGAUGCAGGUCUGGUUUGCCGAGGCCCGGCAAGAGCUGAGGACUAGCCAGGAGCAGCCGAGCCAUCGUUGGGACAAGCUCCUCCUGAAGCAGUUCGAUGUUGAGAAGGCACAGGAGGAGGCUGCUGCACAGGCCGCCAAGGACGACGCCCAACUAAGGGAGCGCCGUGUCCUGCUCGAUGCUCAAGAAGAGGACCUUGCUGCUCGCGAGGAGGCACUUGCCGCCAAGCUCCGCAGCAAGGAUGAAGAAUUUGAAAAACUUUUGAAGGAAGCCGUCGAUGCUGCCAAAGCUGCAGAGGCCGCCAAGAAUGAGCUGGCCGAGAAGGUGGAGAAGCUGGAGGCGGAUCUGGAGAAGCUCGCUUCCUCCGCCAACGACUCCAUUGCCAACCUGAAGCUGAAGUUGACCACUCUGGAGGAGUCCCUUGAAGGCAGCAGGGCUCGUGAGAAGACCCUGGCUAAGGACCUCCAGGAGGAGAAGCAACUGCUUGAGAGCACCGCUGGCACCUACAACGACUAUGUGAAAGACAUGGGGAUCUGGACUGAGCGCCUCAUCGACGUCGCGGAGAUGCUCACCACGCAACUGUCCAUCAUGGGCAUGCAGAGCUUCAGGUUCUCCCACGAGGAGAGGGUGACUCCGAGCGCCAGGCUGACCAUGUUCUUUGAGGCAGUCCUUGACGCCCUGAUGUUGCUCCACUCCAGCCGAGCGACCCAGUUGGCCAACGAAUUUCGCAAGCUCUGCCGGGGCGUCCUCCUCAAGGUGCUCACCAAGGUGGCAUACAGGAACCUUGGCCCCAACCCCACCAAUGUGCUUGACAGCUUGCCAGAGGAUGCAGACCGCAAGGCAUUUGAAGAGCUCGUCGUGCCCAUCGUCGACUUGGUUGACCAAGUCAAGAGGGUGGAAGGCUAG